GCACAACUUACCCUCCCCACUACUACUCACCACCAAGUCAAUCAAUCCCCCCCAUAAGCCUCACCCUCACUUUCUUAUUCCCUUCCUACAACACAACCUAUACACCCAAUUUCCCCUUCCCCAAUAAAAAGAUUAAGAAAGAAGAAGAAGAAGAAGAAGAAGAAGAAGAAGAAGAAGAAAUAUGACCCCCCGGUGCUUCAUAAUCCGCCACGGCGAAACCUCCUGGUCCCUGAACGGCCGACACACAGGCACGACAGACCUCCCAUUGACCGAAAACGGCGAGAAACGGAUAAAAGCCACGGGGAAGGCGUUGGUCGGGAAUGAUCGGUUGAUUGUGCCGAGGAAGUUGGUUCAUGUGUAUGUAUCGCCGCGCGCACGGGCCCAACGGACCCUCGAACUACUCGAAAUCGGAUGCAGGGAGAGAUUACCCUGGAAUGAGGCGCGGAAGUCCGAAGACGAGGAGCCGAUACGUACGGAGGCGAGGGUGGAGGUUACGGAGGCCGUCAGGGAGUGGGAUUAUGGGGAGUAUGAGGGGUUGACUAGUAAGCAGAUUCGGGAGAUGAGGAGGGAGAGGGGGGAGGGGGAGUGGGAUAUUUGGAGGGAUGGGUGUCCGGGGGGAGAAUCCCCCGAAGACGUGAUCAAGCGUCUGGACGCAGUGAUCGCAGAGAUCAGAGAGAAGUUCCACAAGCCCUGUUUCGACGGCGACUCUUCCACGGGCAAGGGCGAUGUUCUCGUCGUGGCUCACGGUCAUAUCCUGCGUGCGUUUGCGAUGCGCUGGACGGGGAAGCCGUUGACGGAGACGGCGCUGAUUUUGGAAGCCGGUGGUGUGGGCACGCUGAGCUACGAGCACCAUAACAUCGACGAGCCGGCGAUCAUUCUCGGUGGAGGGUUCGUAGUCGAUAGCUGAGAUGGCUGACUACCUGUAGAGAAUCUCAUAGUUAGCAAAUAGAACGAGAGAGAGAGCCAAUAGAGAAUAGUUAAAACACUCACU